CUGAAGGGCGAACAACUCCCCGCCCGCCGCCCUCAACAGGCGGGAACUGGUCAGGGCGCUCGUUUGCGGAGCCUUGAAAAGCAAGCCAAGGCACGUUGGGACAAUCUUUAGGGGCCGACACGUGUAGGAGUCCUGUUUUGAACGGCCAAGCUUCUCUUCUGUGUUUCAGUCUCGCCACGUGGGACCCUUCUCCCCCCCCCCCCCCGUGUAAAAGUUCCUGCUCUGUUUUUCCCUGAAGGAUUACAGCUCAGUGGGGAAGAAAAAAACUCUUGGGAUGACAGCCUUCUUCGGUGCUUCAUCAUCAUGAGGAGCGACCGAGGGUUGGCAGCGACCUAGCGCCCUGUCCUCCUCCCGCCAGGAAAACAUGAAGUCUACAUUAGCAGUUACUUGUACUGUUAUGAUAUCAUUUUUUGCUAUGCUCAAAUCAGCAGAUAAGUGUACUAUUCAGGAAGAGUACCAGAAGAAAGUGGAAGAAGGAGAGCCUCUUGGGAUUGAUUGUGGGUUUUACGGCACACCAUAUCUUCAGCAUGCAAACUACAGCAUCCACUGGUACAUUAACGGAAGUGAAAUGGCAAUAAGUAAACAAAAUUCAUCAAGAAUUCGUCAGCGCGACGGCAUGCUUUGCUUCUUUCCUGCACUCUAUCAAGAUUCUGGAUCCUAUGAAUGUAUUGCACGUUACAGGAAUUCAACAAGAUGUUACAAAAGCAUUGUCCAAAUAGAAGUUCUCAGUAGCAGUGGUGCUCUCUGUUUUAAUGAGAAGCUUUCCCAUACACAAAAGUUACCGGUAUCAACAAAUUCGAAGCUUGUGUGCUAUUACCUGGAUGAUUUAGGAGAAGUGGAUGAUUUGUCAAUUUAUUGGUACAAGGAUUGUAAGCUGCUGGUGGGCCAACGAUUUGAGUUCUUUGGAGAGGAACUCAUAAUAAAGAACGUGAGAGAAGAUGAUAAAGGAAAAUACCAGUGCAAAGGAUCGUAUAGUUACUUGGGACAUAAAUACAACUUUUCAAGGAGCAUUUUGGUCACUGUUACAGGGAAUGAGUGGAAGAGGACUGAGAUUCUGCAUCCCAGAAACAUCACAAUUGAAGCAGAACUUGGAUCCAACGUAUUUACAGAGUGCAAUGUAUCGAGCUUCAGAAACACUUUUAUUUCUAUAUCCUGGAGAGUCAACAAUACUUUAGUCGAUAAUCUUUUUAAAGGUAGAAUUCAGGAAGGAAUUCAAAAAGAUUACCUUGUUGAUGGGGCACAGCUUUCUGUGGUAUCACUGAACAUUACAAAAUUGGAGAGAGAGGAUUACAACCAAUUUUUUGUUUGCCAUGCUGGAACAGUUGCUGCAUACAUCACAAUACAACCUCCAACCAAAAAUCUUACAGGACUUGCUGCGUUGGUGCUUCUAAUAAUUAUUCCCAUUUUAAUCUGCCUGCUGUUGAAGAUUGAGAUAGUAUUGUGGUAUCGAAAACUGUGCCUCCCCUUUUGUCAUAAAAAAGUUUCAGAUGGGAAGAUUUAUGAUGCGUAUGUGUUGUACCCAAAAUCAGAUACUCAGAAUCACUUUGCCCUGAAAGUGCUGCCCGAGGUUUUGGAGAAACAGUGUGGCUAUAAUCUCUUUAUACUUGGGAGAGAUGAUUUACCAGGAAAAGCUGUAGUCAGUGUUGUCGAUGAAACGGUUCAACAGAGCAGAAGGCUGAUAAUUAUCUUAGUCCCAGGACUAGAGCCAUGUCCCGAAGAGGCGCCUGAGCAGCACAUAGCUAUGUACCAUGCCCUUGUACCUGCUGGAAUGAAAGUCAUACUGAUCGAAAUGGGUAAAAUAAAGGAUUAUAGCAACAUGCCAGAAUCCAUUAGGUAUAUCAAGCAAAAGCAGGGUGCCAUCAGAUGGAAAGGGGACUUAACAGAAAGAAGCUCUUAUUCUACACACAACAAAUUCUGGAAGAAAGUCAGGUAUUUAAUGCCACCAGAACGCCCUAUUUCCCCAGCGCUAUCUGUGAGACUAUCCUCUCUCAACACUUGUGAAAGGACAGAAACAUCUUGAUGCAGAAUGAUGUCAUUUUUGCUGACUCUUGAAAUGAUAGCAUUGAACAGCUAUCUGGCAGGACACUGUUAGAUCACCUGUUUGGACAAGGCGGCUUAUCCAUUUUCAAGCAGAUUCAUGACUGAUCGGCGUUUUCAGGAGCAGGGCGCAUACGACAUUUCAAACAAACAGUGUGAAAGGACAACUGAACAGCAUUUGGAGCAGCUGCGGCUCUCCUGCAAGAAGAAAUCUACACCAUGAGUCUGUUCCAUUUAAAUACGUGUGGAACCACAGUCAACAAUAAUCAGUGUUGAGAGUAUGGCUGGUCAAGAGAGGCCCAUACAACUCAGCCAUGUUACCCAAACUUUCCUGUGGUGGGUGACCUGUGGAGUGAAUCUUGUAUCUUCUCCUUCUGCCAAACAGCUCAUCAAAGGAUAUUUUUAGCUUCUUGUAAAGCAAAGCGAGGCAAGCUGUUGCCCCGCAGGUAUCUGGACAACUCCCACAGUCUUUCAUCAGUGACUGUGCUGGCUAUGUUGUAGCCCAAAACAUCUGGAGGACUCAGGGUUGUCCACCUCUGGUGGAAAACUAUAGAGGAAAGUUGCAGCUGCAGCAUAGAUAGGGAUGGAAAAUAUCUCAAUUUCAUUGCAUUUCUCCAAAUCCAGCCUGCAUUCCUUCCCACUUUCUGUUUACGUUAGGUUGCCAGAUCUUGCUUUUUGCUGCCACACAGAGGUGUUACACAUUUCAUAUCUCUGUCUAUAUCUUUCUUAAUGUGCACAUUUUAAAGAUAUUGUACAUAUUUUAUACUCCUUGACUAAUGCAUAUUUGUGUAUAUUUUCCAAUACUGUAAUAUGUGUUUCUGUUGUUUGCAUUUUAAAAUGUAUGCAUGGUUUUGAGCAUGCAAGACUCUGCAUGCAAAUAUGUGAAUUUCUCAGGCAAGGUGAUCUGUCUCUUGCAGCAACUUUGAAGAAAUGCAAAAUGGGUUAUUUCAGCAUGAAUCUUGAAACCACUGAAAUUAUUUCAUAUAUGUGUGUGAAGCUGAAGUUAGCGUAACAGUAAGUUACAACUUAUUGGCCACAUAUAUAUUCAGUAGUGUAAAUCUCAAUAGCCGAUUGCUGUUAAAGUGUCCAAGCUUGCAUUUUUUUGUGAGUACCAGUUCCAUGAGUUGGCGUAUGAUGAGGAAUAAAAACAUAGACUCCCUAACUGACAGCAAUUGACCACUGAAAUGUAUGCAUUUCACUUGCACCAGCAUAUGUAGGUAAUUGGAUUCUACUAAAAUGUGCUAAAAAGCCCCAGUCUAUAUUUAAACUUCUAGAUGUACACUGGAAUUUAUGAAUAUAACUCAUUUCAGCUCUCACUCUCUCAGAACUGUAUUUGUCAUUUUCUUUUUGUUCUUUAAAUUAUCCACUUUGAGAUCUCUGAUGGAGUUUCUAGGAGGUUGUAAUGUGAACACUGGCUUUGGGUGCUGCCAUUCUGAUGUCAGAUUUGUGUCCACUCAUUUUCUUGCACAAGAAUUUGUGAUUUUGUAAAUGGUGACCACAUUUGGCUUAUGCAGAUCUGCAGUUUCAAAUGUAAUUGUUAUAAGGUUUUUGUUUUAGUUUGCAAUUCAUUUAUCUCUGACCUCACAGCUUAGAUUCCCCCCUCAACAUCUGUGUAUAUGUGUGCGUGUGCGUGAACACACACAGAGUAUGGACAGUGGUG